UUUUAUAUUAGAAAGCCUAACGGAGUUCAAACCCACCUGAUGAUCUCCGGAACAAACCGACCAGAAAUCUACCUCGAGUAACUCGCGUCGCUUCUAACGGCUCCUGGUGUUUUAAAAGAAAUCCAGCGGUUGAAAAGAUAAAAAACAACAAUUAGGCUGAUUGGAUACAAAGUUGCACUACUUUUCUUUGUUGUUGUUGUUAUUGUUAUUGUUGCUUUUUUUCCCUCCCCUCUUUCAUCUUCUUAAUUAUUUUGCACCUUGAGCGUUUGUAUCUUGAGGACUGAGUGAGGAUGCAUACCACCCAAAAGGACACGACCUACACCAAGAUCUUUGUCGGAGGUCUGCCCUAUCACACCACAGACUCCAGUCUCAGGAAAUAUUUUGAGGUGUUUGGGGAAAUCGAGGAGGCUGUCGUGAUUACCGACAGACAGACUGGGAAGUCCAGGGGGUAUGGUUUUGUGACAAUGGCAGACCGAUCUGCCGCAGACAGAGCUUGUAAGGACCCCAACCCUAUCAUCGACGGCAGGAAGGCAAACGUCAACCUGGCUUACCUGGGAGCCAAGCCGCGGGUGAUGCAGCCAGGAUUCACGUUCGGUGUACCGCAGAUUCAUCCGGCUUUCAUCCAGAGACCUUAUGGGAUCCCCGCACACUACGUAUACCCCCAGGCUUUUAUGCAGCCCAGCGUGGUGAUCCCUCACGUUCAGCCAUCCAGCGCAUCCGCCGCAGCCGCCACCGCUUCCUCGCCUUACAUCGACUACACUGGAGCUGCGUACGCGCAGUACGCCAGCGCUGCCUCCGCCGCGGCUGCCAUCGGCGCGUACGAGCAAUACCCGUAUGCCGCGUCCCCUGCUGCAGCCGGCUACGUGACUGCUGCCGGGUACACCUACGCUAUGCAGCAGCCGCUGGCCGCUACGACUCCAAGCUCCACUGCAGCAGCAGCCGCGGCCUUCGGUCAGUACCAGCCUCAGCAACUGCAGGCCGAGCGCAUGCAAUAGCAGCUUAUGGCACUGAGAUAUGAGGAAAAAGCCAAUGCCCAGUGACUGCUCAUUGGCCUUAUGGAGGUGUCUCACCUGAACGAGGAUAAUGUCAUUAGGAUGAUGAUGAUAAUUGAUGGAGGUGUUUAACUGAGGUGGGAACUCCAUCGCUUUCCAACUUGCUGUGAUUAAACCAAAAAAAAGUGAAAAAAAUAUGUAUCAAAGAAGGUGUAAAGACGACAGAGGUUUAACUUUUUACCAUUAUCAUACUGUUAUUGUUACCUUUAUGCUUAAUAUUGAAGUAGUGUAUUUAUUGCUAAAGAAGAAGGCAAUGACUAAUCACUGUGGCUUGGAGGUGUAGAUAAAGAAGAAGAAGAAGAAGCCUUAAGUCCAGAUGCUGUCAUUAAAUUAGAAGACUUUUCCUUCAUGAAGGACGUUAGAUGUCCACACAGUGUUUUGAUUCUGACGCCCUCUAACUUACAUAUUUAUUCUCAUUUUUGAGGGAUUUUUCUGUUCUGUCGUCUAAUGCGCGUCGCAAGGUUUUGCUUUCUGGUUUAUCAGGGAAAUGGAGCUUUUUCUUUUUCUUCUUUUGUUUUCCAACAUAUUAGUAAAGACAAAUGAACUCUGCCAAUCAGGGAGUAGUACACAACUGUGGAGAGAAGGUGUGAAAGAAAAGUUUUCAAAGAAUUGUAGCUUUUUUCUGGCAUGUUCAGGAUUACUUUUUUUUUUUCAUCUUCCUGAUGCUGAAUGUCCCCCGAUUUCCCUGUUUUUGACCUCUUGACCUAUGCAAAGCAGAAACAGCCGCCAGGAGACAAAACAAACUGUGGUGAUUCCAGCCACUCUCGUCUGAAGGACAACGAACAAUUUCUGAGCUCGAUGAAAGGACAUUACAUAGUAUUAUUUGUCUAAUCUCUCAUACAUAUGCGCACAUACAGACACUAAUUUCCUUAACACUGGGGCAAAACGUUAACUCCGUGCAAACUUAUUGUACACAUCAUUGCACGCGUACACUAACUCAUGCACUCGCUUUGUAUGAUAAGUCCAAAAUUUACGAAUGAAAAUAAAAAGGUCAGAGCUGGGCACUUGCGAGUGAGGAGCAGGCAACAGCUGCUGUGUCGGGACGGACAGGAUCACACACACGUACACAUACACACACGCAUAGAGACACGGAUUGCUCUGGAAACAACGCCUCACUUGUGCUCAUUUGUUGAGCUGUCACAUUUUAAUCCCUCGGCCCGCUCGGGAACCUGUCCCGCUCCAGCUUUGUCAGCAGUUCCAGCUCUGUCCUAGAGAGAGAGAGAGAGAGAGAUAGAGAGAGAGACGUUGCCGGAGGCUGCAGUCCACUGAUCCGCUUCUAACAUCACCUUCAGCACCAGCCGCCCUCUCUCUCACUCGCUCGCAGCUCCUCUCUGGAACGAAAACCUGAAUCAACAGUGUACCAAGGAAUUCCUUCAGUCAACCAAAACGCUAUGAAAAUCAUCUGUUUUUUUUUUGUUUUUUUCCCUCCUGUAUUUUUCAAAAAAAGUGUCUGUGCACCAGCAUGUCUUUCCUAGUAAGAGAUGAAUCCAUUCUCUGUUCUCUCGGAAAACCAAACAUCACACCUUUUUUUUUCUUUUUCUUUUUUUUUACUAGAAAGCAGCACUAAAGCUGAGGGCUCAAGUACAAGUCUAAGAGUUCACAGUGCCUUACAACUGUAAUGCUAUUUAAAGAAGAAAAAAGACUGCUAUUUAUUUAUUUUGAGAGUUAUGCUGCGCUCUAAGGACUUAGUGGCGGUACUGUAUUAAUAAUAAUAAUAAUAAUAAUAAUAAUAAUGUAUUCUCAUCUCAUGGCAUAUUAUAAGUUAUUGAGUAGAUUUAGUUAUAGUAUCAUUAACAUACUCAACCAAAAAUGUUGAUUUAUUUAAGAUACAAUUCUGUAUGUGCACUGUACAUUUUUUUCUUCUUCUAUGCCUUAUAAAUUUUAGAGCAUUUCAUUAAAUAUCUCCUAGGUUAAUGCCUCUUGUAAGAUGUUUAUUUAAUGCAGGCCUAUUUGCAGGUGGGAUCGCUCUUUUUUUCCUUUCUUUUUUUCUUUUUUGUUGUUGUAUCUAGAACUGUAAAAAAUAUUUAAAAAAAGGAAAAAUAAUUCAUUGUAAAAAAUCUAAGCAAAAUGCUGCUUCAUACACUAGAAUGUAAAGUCCUUGUCAAGGUUCAAUAUCUGUGCUUCUACUGCUUUUAGUAUGCAUCAGAUGGGCUAUUUUACACUGUUGGGAAUUUUUAUACUUGAACUUGAACAAGGGAAAAGAUGAAAAGCAAUAACAAAAAAAAACUUUUUAAGGAAGCAUUUCAUUGUCACUGGAUUUGGGCAUGUAAGGUGUUAUUUACUAUUUAAUGUACAUCCAAAGGUACUCUCAGUAAACCUAAUUUAAACCUUAUUUCAGAUUUCAACAUUAUUUACUCGAAAAUAAAAUAAAAAGGUUCUAUAUUUCAACCUUA